UACCUAUACUAUUAUUAUUUGCACUUGCGCCCCCUUGAUUCUAAUUCAUAUUACGUAUCAUUUGCCGAGAAACAUGGCAAAAUUCUUUGGUCUCCGAGGUCAGGCACUGCAUCGUGCAAUGAUUUGGGCCGUCAUCAUGCCUGCUUAUAUCUUGUAAGUAUUUGCGGAGAGAAAAUCUAAAUAAUGAUUGUUAAUAUUACUGCGUUAUAGAUUUGGGUAUAACAAUGCCGUAAGUGCUGUUAUUGUCCAUUGAGCACAACAAAGAUUCCAUAAUACAGGAACAUGAGUGUAGUAAUACUGAACUUUGUAGGUCGCUGGUGGACUACUUAGUCUGCCCGCCUGGAUUGAAACUUUCCCACGGCUCAAUACUAUCACUGUCGUAGGUAUUGAGAGAACUAGCAACUCCCGAUUGCAGGUCAGUUGAAUCAUAUAUUCUCUGCCCUCUUAGGUCACAUGUUAACGCUCUCCAAAGGGAACUGUCGUUGCUCUCUAUACUCUCGGAUGCUUUCUUGGCGCCUUGUCCUGUAUAAGAAUCGGUGAUACCCUUGGUCGCAAACGAACAAUCAUGCUUGGAGCAGCUAUCAACAUGGUUGGGGCCAUCCUUCAAUCUUCAUCUUAUUCUCUUGGCCAAUUAAUUGUUGGACGUCUUAUUUCGGGCUUAGGUUUUGGUGCUCUAACAGCAACCGCUCCAAAUUGGCAAUCCGAAUGUUCUAAAGCGCAGCACCGCGGAUGUGUGGUGCUUCUUGAAGGGUUAUUCAUCAGUGCAGGCUUAGCAACGGCUGCAGUUGGUCACCCCCUUUUCUUUUUUGCGACAGUCACUUUACUUUUCAAUCAUCAUGGGCCAAAGAAGCAACAGAAACUGACCUCAAUCAGUGGGUAAGCUUUGGAAUGUCUCAUUCCACAGGGGGAGUCACUUGGAGAUUUCCAAUAGCGCUCUCCAUUGCAUGGUCCGUCAUCGUGCUGAUUACCACACCACAUAUGCCAGAGUCACCCCGUUGGCUGAUCAAAAAGGGGCGCAUAGAAGAAGCGCGGGAAGUUGUAUCAGCAUUGGAUGAUAUGCCCAUAGACUCAGCCCAAGUACAGGCCGAUAUAGCAGAGAUUGAGGAGGGGAUUGCGAUCACUGGUAAAGGCUCAUUUUGUGAUAUUUUCCGCAUGGGAAAUGAGCGUCUUUUCCACAGAGCAUGUCUUGCAGUAUGCGGUCAAAUGUUCCAGCAACUUAGCGGGAUAAAUGCUCUCGCUUUCUAUCAAGCUACAAUCUUCGAAACCGGCCUGGGAUUAUCAGCACAAACAGCUCGUAUUCUAAGUGCUUCAGUCUUUACUUGGCAGACCUUUUGUUCCCCGAUAGGAGUCCUGACAGUAGACCGAUUUGGAAGAAGAAAGCUUAUGAUGUUUGCUGCCUUUGGUAUGGGAUCUUGCAUGGCUGUUAUUGCGGGAACUUCUUCCCAGAUAACUAAUACUUCAUGCGUCGCCGUCGCUGCAGCGUUCAUUUUCAUGUUUUCAUUGUUUUUCCCCACUGGAUUUCUAGGACUGACUUUCCUAUAUGCCUCGGAGGUUGCACCACUGAGCGUUCGAGUACCUAUCACUGCCAUGUCAACAGGUAUGUCCACAAAGGGCAUCUCUACGCGUCUGUACUAAUUGAAAGCUUUAGGAAGUGCAUGGAUUUUCAAUUUCAUUGUCGCCGAAAUAACACCAGUAGGAUUCACUACUAUAGGAUGGAGAUACUACAUAAUAUAUGCAUGUAUCAACUUCUUCCUAAUACUUCCAGGUGAGUAUCCGAUCAGUAGCGCGCCAGGGGCAUACAAUGCUAAUCCUAGUAAUAGGUGUAUACUUUUUCUUUCCGGAAACCAAUGGUCGUCAUCUCGAGGAGGUUGACCAAAUCUUUCUCCGUAGCAAAACCAUUUUUGACGCUGUACGCGUCUCCAACUGUAUGCCCCGAGGAUCUGUUAGUUCUGCGUCUACUGGUGAAGUCGAGAAGAAUGAAGUUAUCCAUGUUGAAAUGUGGGAACAGACGGUUUGAAGGUUUUCUUCUCGGCGCCAAGAGUUAGAACGACCCUUGUGAUUUACAUCGUCUAGCUGGCUUUGUCAAUUAGUGUAGCAUUUGACGCCGCAUGGUGCGGGCAGCAGAAAUUCCAUUGAUUGUGUGAUGAGAAUCCGAAUACCAUCCUUGAACAUCUUUCCACAUUGACUCUGAAAAGUAUGAGAUGCACGUGUAUUCACUCCUACCCCGAUGUGGCCAGUAUAUCUGGGAGACGAGUUUAACAACUCGCAAGCAUGUGCGGGAGAAGGCAGAAGACACACGAUGCUGGUAUUGCAUGUCUGGUGAAUUCAGUACCCAUUACUUACUGAUCAGUAAGAAUACGAAGUAAGCCUACCUUGAUUUUCCAUCGCCGGCUAAUAAGGUUAACCUACAAUGGUGCUGUGCAACCUGUGAUAUCUA